AUGUGUCAUUCACUCGGAGGCGGCACUGGAGCUGGCAUGGGGACGUUGCUCAUUUCCAAGGUGAGAGAGGAAUAUCCCGACAGGAUCAUGGAGACGUUCAGUAUCAUUCCGUCCCCAAAGGUUAGCGACACAGUCGUGGAACCAUAUAAUGCGGUAUUGUCUUUCCACCAGUUGGUGGAGAAUGCCGACGAGUGCUUCUUGCUUGACAACGAGGCCCUUUAUGACAUAUGUUUCCGUACGCUGAAGCUGACCACGCCCACGUAUGGGGAUUUGAACCACUUGGUGAGUGCAGCGAUCAGUGGUGUUACUACUUGCUUGCGCUUCCCGGGGCAGCUCAACUGCGACCUGCGCAAGAUUGCUGUGAACCUGAUACCAUUCCCGCGCCUGCACUUUUUCAUGACUGGCUUCGCGCCCCUCACGUCCCGUGGCUCCCAGCAGUACCGCGCGCUGACCGUGUUGGAGCUCACGUACAAGCGCUGA